CUGAGGAGAGACGAGCUCGUGCUCUGAGGCAGUGGAACCGGCUCGUAAAGGAAGCCCGAGGUCCUGAUUCUGCUCCAGGUUAGCUGAGUCAUCUGGAGACCUUGAGCACCAGGAUUCUCCAUCUGUGAAGCACGGACGGUAUUUCCCGGAAGCUCGGGACGCCAUAGACCCCAGUGCCCUGGGCUGUGCCUCAGGAAGCAGGUCGCGAUGGACGCCAAAAUGGGGACAUGUGUGUGAAGGAGCCUUGGGGAGGAUACCAACCCUCUAUUCCAUACGCAUGGUGUGUGCACCUGGCCUGGGCUUCCACCAUGUCUCUGAAGAGACCAGGCCAGCGGCCCAUGCUACAGGAUGCCGGGACUGUGCCUGGCGGAGGGAGCUUCUGGAGAGUCGGGCACGAGCACCCACCUUGGGAACCUGAAGGAGAGUGAAGAACCCUCUGGAAGCCUGUGGCCAAAGGAGCUCAUCACGCUAGAGCCUGGGGAAUCUGCCUGGCAGGUGGUCCUGAAGAAGAUUCAGGAGCUCUCUGAUUCAGACCACCGGGACUCCUUCAUGGUAGGCAACCUGGGUGUGCUGGCCAGCCGCCAUCGGGCCUUCUGCCAGGCCCUGCCGCGGGUAUCACCCUUCUACGCGGUCAAGUGCAACAACAGCGCGUGGGUGCUGCGCGUCCUGGCCUCCCUGGGCACCGGCUUCGACUGCGCCAGCCAGGUGGAGCUGGAGCAGGUGUUGGGCCUGGGCGUGGCCCCUUCACGCAUCAUCUACGCCAACCCCUGCAAGCCUAUCUCCCACAUCCAGUACGCUGCCCGCCACGGGGUGCAGCUCCUGACCUUCGACAGUGAGGAGGAGCUGACCAAGGUGGCCCAGCACUACCCAGGGGCCAGGCUGGUCCUCCGGCUGUGGACCCAGGACAGCGGGAGCAUCCUUCCCCUGAGCACCAAGUUCGGGGCAAGACUGGAGGCGUGUGAACAUCUGCUCAAGUCCGCCAGGGACCUGGGGUUGGCUGUGGUCGGAACCAGCUUCCACGUGGGCUCGAACUGCCAGACGCCCCACAGCUUCAUGGAGGCCAUCGCUGACUGCCGGCACGUAUUUGAGAUGGGCCGUGCGCUUGGGCAUGACAUGAGCCUCCUGGACAUCGGAGGGGGCUUCCCCGGAGAGGAAGGCUGUGAGCCUAAGUUUGAGGAGAUGGCGAGAGUGAUCAAUGACGCCCUGGCCCAGGACUUCCCCGAGGGGAGUGGCGUUGAGAUCAUCGCGGAGCCUGGACGCUUCUACGCGGAAUCUGUCUGCACGGCCGCCGUCAAUAUCAUCGCCAAGAAAGCUGUGCUGGAGGCCGGAGGCCGCCAGAAACUGCUGUACUAUCUCAACGAUGGCCACUAUGGCAUCUUUCGCAUCUUCCUCAGGGAGCCUGUCCCCAGGGUGCCCAUUGUGGUGAAGGAGUUUUCCUCGGAGCCGCCCCUCUUCCCCUGCACCCUGUACGGUCCCACCUGCGAUGCCUUUGACAAGCUCUUCCAAGAGGACGUGCAGCUGCCGGAGCUGGAUGUGGGCGACUGGCUUGUCUUCCCCUCCAUGGGCGCUUACACAACCACCAUAAGCUCCGUCUUCAAUGGCUAUCUGCCCGCUUCUCCCUCCUAUGCCAUGGAGCCCGAGCUCAGGAGCCUGCUGGGGACGGCACCUUAGGCUGGGAGGUGGCGGUGGAUGUGCUCCAGACGCCGGCUUCUGCCGAUGAGACGUUCUCUGGUCUCCAACCUCUGUUAUGGUCCUCCCGUCCCCAGAGUCUUCCUGCCGCCUCCUCAGCUCAGCCAACACCAGAGAAGUCUCCCAGCACCUUGGAAUAAAGAGACUCGUCCCCCAGAUUUGUGAGAAUGGCCAGGCUCCAGAUGCCGCCCUGGGGGAAGCCAGAGGGCUCAGACGGCCUUCAGCCAGCCUGUUCCCAACUCUUCUCCUCCCGGUGCCUGAAAACUGGGGGUGGAAACCUCCACCGCAACCCCCUCAGAGGUGUCUGGAAGCACAAACAGGAGUGGGCUUUAGGGGAAACAAAGUUUUAUUCAGAUGCAA